AUGGCAUAUGACAGUCAGACCGAUAGGUCUGUGUCGCCCAUCCAGUCCAUCUGCGAGGAGAGCAUCACAGCGCCGAGUGCUGUGAGCUUGCUACAGCCGAGUAUUGAUGAGCCAACCCACGAGGCCUUCGCUCACGAGGCUAUUGAUGAAGUCAGAUUUCAUCACCAGCCGAGUCCCUUGUCAAGGACCAUGAUAAUUAUCACAGAUAUUUUCGCACUUGCUCUCGGCUUCGGUCAUUUUGUAUUUGUCUGUUUAGUAGCAUCAUACCAUGGUCGUCCUAUAGAUUUCAAGUAUGGUCAAUUUCAGGCUAUCCUAACCACGGCUGCCCCAAUUUUCCCCAUGGUAUUUGCAUUUAUCAUGGGAAGACUAUUCUACCAUUCUGCCCGGCUGCAGCUAGAAAUGGGGAGCUCACUUGGUACUCUGGAGCAACUUAUUGGGAGCCAAACAUUAGGCGGUGCUGCUGCUCUUCAUCUUAAAACAGCAGCUUUUAAUCCUCUAGCUGUGCUAAUUUUUGCUUUAUGGUCAUUCUCUCCUCUCGGCAGCCAGUCGCUGCUACGUAUUCUUCAUCAAGAAACGCCGUCGGACUCUACGACUUUUGUCUAUCUGAACACUCAGAAAGCCCACCCUAAUGAAAUUCUUAAUGGCUCGAUGAAGAAUUCAUACAUCAGGAGCUUGAAUUCAGAUGUGAAUAUCGCGGCUGGGCCGACUGAUCCUUGGGGGAAUACCAAAAUUCCCUUCUUACAGCCAGCGGCUCUGGAUCUAAAGGAUAACCAAUCUUGGCAUGAGCUACCGAAAAACCAGACGAGGCCAUACUCAGCAUUAUUUGGUGUCCCCAUUUCUCAUUUAAUGCCUGGGAACAGCAUGAUAUCUAUUGAAACAACCUAUUUGGAUCUGGACUGCGAGCCUUUUGAAACGAAAUGGGAUCAGCCUCACGAGGUUUCCCUCGACGAGACAAAGCUAAAUCAAACGGCUCUAGAGGAAAUUGCUUUUUACACGGAAACAAUGCUUCGCAACUAUACUGGAGUGAUUGCUAAUGGAAGCUGGUACGGAUAUCAGCAGGGUUCAAAGAGCAGCAAUGUAGCACGGUGGAAUAUUGCCCUAGACCGUUUUAUUGGCACAGAUUGGCUCGCCUUCAGGGAAUCUAGCCUCAAUGCUUUCCAAAAUGAAACUACAAUCGAGGCAGGCUUGACCAAAUUGCUCGUUCAAUUUGACUAUCCACAGGAUCAACAUGGUGGACGGGUAUCCCUAGGGAGACAUCUCUUAAUCAGGAGCGAGUGCCGCGUGUCGCAAAAGUAUGUCGAGACCCGACUCUCUUGCUCAGCCAUUCCUGAAAAGCUCCGACCAGACUGUAAUGUGGUAGCUCAGCGCGCGUCUCUCACACCGCACCCGCCUGAGAAUCUUUCCAUUCUUUCUCAUCCCCAGAUAUUUGGCGCCAUUUCACGGCUCGUCCCCUCCGUCUUCCUGGCUGAGAAAGAAACUCUGAACUACAUCUUCAACGUGGCUAAUCUACAAAUGAUCGAGGAUCCGAUUCCAGCGACCAACCUCAGUACACGUUUAAGUCAGGCCAUCAACACGUUCUAUUUGGUGCAUCAGAUCUCUAAUUUCAUGGACCCCCUGGAAGUGCCAUCGUACGAAGUUGGUGUUCCCUUUUUAGCCCCAGCGUGGACUGUUGGCAACGCCACCAGAACAGACGCGUAUUAUGUUUACUUGAUAAACUGGCCUUGGAUGGUUGUCUCUCUGGUCUCAUGCCUGAUUCUUGUUCUUGCAAGUAUCGUGGGAGUGGGAUUUGUACACUCAGGGCAUGGGCCGGAGGUGCUAGGCUAUGUCUCUACUGCUAUCCGAGAUUCUGACAUUGCCGGGCUACCUCCUCAAGCAGCACAAAUGGAUGGCGAUGAACUAUCAAAAGCAAUGAGGAAGAGGCGUUUUCGAUAUGGCCGAAAGAUUAGUGAAAAGGGGCCGCCUACGGUUGGAUUUGGGCCUGAGGAGGAUAUAAUAAUUCUGUAG